CGCCUACCCACCAAGCCAACAAGGGAGCCGAUCACGAGCAGUGCGAAAGGGUCGACGGGGUGACUCGAACGCCUGGCCGAGCACGUGCAGACGCGGACCGCCGCAAUGUCGAAGGACGAGGGGAACGCGCACCUCAAGGCAGGCCGGCUGGCCGAAGCGAUUGCCAGCUACACUUCGGCGCUCGGCGCGCCCUCACUCAGCAAAGAGGCGGUCGCGGCGCUCCACGCCAACCGUGCGCUCGCGCACCUGAAGUUGAACGCCGCCUCCGAGUGCGUGGCGGACUGCGACGCGGCGCUCUCGGCCCAGCCGGGGUACGUCAAGGCCAUGUACCGCCGUGCGCAGGCACGCGAGGCGCUCGGCUCUCCCGCCGACCUCGGAGCCGCCUUCCGAGACGCGCAGGCCGCACUCCGCCUCGACCCAGAGAACCGGGAGGCCGCCCUCCUCGCGCGGCGGCUCAAGGCGGCGGUCGACGCUUGCAGUGCGGCCGACGAGUCGGCGCCACGCGCCGCCACCGAGGCGCUGCGCCGCGCCGUGGCCGAUGGCGCCGGUGAGGAGGAGCUGGCGCGCUGCGUCGGACGGAUGUCAAAGGUGGCGGAGGACCGCUCGCAAGGGCCAGCGCUCGUCCACACGGGCGCCGCGGCCGAGCUCGUCUCUCUCCUCCCCCGUGAGGACGAGGUCGUCGACGCGUCCAGCCUCCGCAUGCCCCUCGUCGGGCUCGCCGUCGAAGCCCUCGAGCGGAUGGCGGCCAUUUGCCAGGCGUGCGAGGGGCAGCCCCGGCCGAGGGACCCGCUGCACGCCUCGCUCGCCGGCCGGCUGCUCGCGGCGUGCCGCGCGGCGCUGCCCGACGUGAUCCGAUCGCUCUCCUGGCUGGCGCACCGCAGCUCGCUCGCCAUCCUCGCGCGGCUCCUGACGCCCGCUGCCGCCGCCAACGGCAAGGGGGACGACAAGAGCGAGGACGAGGCCUUUCACAAGGGCGCGUGCGCCGGGGCGGAGGCUGCCCUUUUUCCCACGUUGCGCGACCCGGAGGCGGAGUGGGAGGCCCACGCCGCGGCGGUGCACGGAGUGACUGCCGUGCUGGAGGUCAACAAGAAGGUCGGCGCUUGGCUUCUGCGGCAGGAGUCCAUCUUUUGGUCGCUCGCCGAGGUGGCCGAGCUCGAGGACGAGGGGCUGCAGCGCUCCCUCGCCGAGAUCUACGCGCACGCGGCCGCCGACGUUUCCCUGUUCAAGGACAAGGAAGGCGAGGAGCCGAUCCGCCACUUGCGCGCCUUCCUGCGCUCGCCGCGCCCGAAGGUCCGCGCGCGCGCGUGCGUCGCGCUCGCCAAGGUCUGCCUCCUGCACCAUGACCACCGCGCUCGCAUCGACCCGACGGGGAAGCUGCUCGCUGCGACGCGCGGACUGCUCGAGGCCAAGGUCCCGCCGCACGUCCACCGGUGGGCGGUCGAGGCGCUCAUGUACCUCACGCUGAUGCCGGACCUCAAGGCGCGCGCCCACGCCGAGCACCUCGCCGAGACGGGCGCGCGCUUCGGCUCCCUCGUCGCCGUCGCGCACUCGGCAAGCAAGGACCCCUCCCUCCACCACGCGCUCGUCUCCGCCCUCGGCGCCCUCUGCGCGCCGCGCGAGAAGAGCGACGAGCAGAAGCGGCUGGAGCAGGAGAUGGACGAGGCGCAGAUCGAGCAGAUGCGCCAGCUCGCCGCGGGUGGCGCGGGCGGCGCCGCGCCGAGCGAGCGCAAGGACGACCCUGCGGUACUCACCAAGCUCGCCGCCACCCUCGUCGAGGACGACGCGGUGCUCGUGCUGGCCGAGCUCGUGGCGGCGGCAGCCUCGCGCCCCGGCGGCAGCGGCGCGAGCACGCUGCACACCGCGGCGCGCGUGCUGCUCUCGAUGGCGACGACGCCAGAGGCGCGCGGCAAGAUCGUGGCGCAGGGAGGCUUCAAGGCGCUGCUCACUUGCGCCCUGUGCGAGCACGAGCCGACCGCGACCUCCGCCGCGUGGGCCCUCGCCAAGGUUGGCAUCUCGAUCAACCCAGUCGCCUACCCGCGCCGGCCCGGCUCCGGCCCAGAGUCGAUGGUGAAGCCGCUGCUGCGGCUCGUCGACGGGGCCGAGCAUGAGUUGCAACAGUUCGAGGCGUGCCUCGCCCUCUGCAACCUCGCGACACACCCCGAGCUGCAGCAGCGCAUCCUGACUUGCGGCGGCUGGCGCACCCUCACGAUGAGCCUCGCCUGCGAGAACGAGCUCGUGCAGCGCGCCGCCCUCGAGGCCAUGUCCAACCUCACCACCGCCGACGAGGUGGCCGCAAAGUUCGCCGAGCCCGGCUCGACCGAGGCGAAGAUCUUCGUCGGCUUUUGCGGCUCGGACGACCCGAAGGCGCAGCUCGCCGCGUCGGGUGCGAUCGCGACCCUCGCCGGCGACCCCGAGAUCGGCAGCGCGCUCCUCGGCGCGGGCGCGCUCGAGCCGCUCGUCAACAUCGCCCUGCUCUCCGACGAUCCGCCGCUGCUCCACCGCGCCGCCGUCGGGCUCGCAAACCUGUUCAACAACAACGCGGACGCCAUCCUCGGCCCGGCCGCCCCGACCGACCAGUCGGAGUUGCCCGGGCCCGCCCUCACCGCCGUCGGCGCGCUGAUCACCCUCUCCUCCUCGCCCGUCGAGCCGGCGAAAGCAGCCGCCGUCGGAGCGCUCGUCCAGCUGCGCAAGACGCGGCCCGACGUGCCGAUGCCGCCCGCCGAGGUGGUGCAGGCGGUGGUCGCGAACAUCCGCGCCGAGCACGCGGCGCGGGUUGCAGAGGCGGAGGCGGAGGCGGCGGCGGAGGCGGCGGCGGAGGCGGCGGCGAAGGCAGGAGCGGGGGGCAGCAAGGAGGCUGCAGAGGCGCUGCUGCCACGCGGCGGCGGCGAUGAGGUGGAGGUGGAGGUCUGAGAUCUGUCUGAGAUCACUCCGGCUGUGGCGGGUAUAUCGCGCAUCGGCAUUAUUGUAUGGGGCGUGUAUCCGUCUUCCGUGUGUCGUACCGAAUCCGGCGCGAAUCCGAAUGCGCGCGGGUGCGUCUCGGUCGGCGCAGGUCGCAGGAGGCAAGUGUCGGCUUUCAGCUUUCAACGCGUAACGUUGAAUAAAUUAGUAAAAUG